AUGUCUCAACAACUCACUGUCCCAAAAAGACCUCUCACAUGGCUCAUCACCGGCUGCUCCUCCGGGUUCGGACUAGCUUUCACAAGACUGGCGCAAAAGCACGGCCACAUCGUAAUCGCCACCUCACGCAACCCCCAAAAGACACCAGACCUGGCACAUGAAGUCCAGAAUGGCGGAGGGCGCUGGCUCUCGCUCGAUGUCGACGACCUCAAUUCGGGAGACCUACUUGCGGACCUCGAGAAAGGCGGCACAGUCAUCGAUGUGCUGGUCAACAAUGCUGGAUGGUCCAUCCAUGGCCCGGCAGAGGGCUUCACGGAGGAAGAGACGAGGGCGCAGAUGAAUACUGUAUUCUUUGGACCUUACCGGCUGAUGAGGGCCGUGGCUCCGUUUAUGCGAGAGAGGCGCAGCGGCAUCAUUGUGAAUAUCAGCUCUGGAGCUGGACUGGAGGGAAGGGAGUCGAUGGGGAUUUACGCUGCUGCGAAAGCUGCGAUGGAUGGAGUGAGUAAAGUCCUCGCGAAGGAAAUGGCCCCGUUUGGUGUCCGCGUCUUGACAGUUGCGCUUGGGUCCUUCGAUACCAAUAUGGGACCUACAGUAAGGCUGGCGAGUAAGCCCACGCCCUCAGACUACGAGGGUAGUGCCCUCGAGGCAGUUUUCAAGGUAAUGGCUGCAUCGGCAACGGAGGGCUUUCCCGCGGAUGGGGAUCAUCUGAAGGCGGCGAAGGUGAUAUAUGAAGUUGUUACGGGCACGGGGGUGGGAGAGGGAAAAGAGAACGAGAGGGUCCUUCCGUUGGGAAGAGAUAUGGCUAAGAGAGUUGAUGAUGUCGUUGGAGGGUGGCAGAGAACGAUGGGGGUCUUUAGGGAUGUGUGCAAUAGUGUGUACUUGGAGAAGUGA